UAAUCGCUCGUUCCGGUUCAACGAACCGUGUGUGCGCGCGAUGAGGAAUAAACAAACGGUGUAUGCGAUAAGGAAUAAACACUUUCUGAAUAAGAAUCAGUCAUUAAAGUAUGGUUUCAGAGAAAAUCCACUUGUCUAGAGCUGGAGAUGCUAUAAGGAGUCUAGAUGUAUCUUCGUUUGAAAAUGUUGAUGUUCUUAUCACCGGUGGUGCUGGAUUCUUCGGUGUUCAUCUUGGCCGUGCUCUUCAUUUGAUAGGGGCUCAUGUCACCCUAUUUGACAUUAAUCUUCCGAUUGAAGAUUUCAGUCCUGAAAUAAAAUUAGUUAAGGGUGACAUACGUAAUAAGCAACUAGUUGAUGAACUGUGUAGAGGGAAGAGUUGUGUCUUCCACAUGGCUUCAUAUGGAAUGUCAGGCCCUGAAAUGUUGAAGCCUACAGACUUUAUUGAAAGCAUAAAUGUUGGUGGAACAGAUAAUGUUAUCGAAGCUUGCUGUCGUCACAAUGUCCCACGCCUGGUUUACACUAGCUCUAUAGCUGUUGUGUUUGGAGGCAAACCUAUUGAAGGUGCUACAGAGGAAACAUGUCCUGUGUUACCAUUGGAAGAGUUUACUGAUGACUACUCAAGAACAAAAUGUAUCGCUGAGAAGAAUGUUUUAGCAGCUAAUGGCAGAAAGACUGAAGGUGGACAUGUACUACACACCUGUGCUUUGAGACCCCCUGGUUUGUAUGGAGUGGGGGAGAGGAGGCAUUUUCCCAGGGCUGUGAGUGCAAUGGAAGCUGGGCAGCUGUUAUUUACAAUAGGCGGCUUGGAGGCACUAGUUGAGUUUGUUCAUGUUGAUAAUAUUGUGAAUGCUCAUAUACUAGCAGGAGAUGCCCUAACGCAGCAAAAGAAACAGCGAUCAGCAGGUGAAGUUUAUUUUAUCACUGAUGGUGAUCCAGUUAACAAUUGGGAAUUCUUCCGUCCACUUAUAGAAGGUCUUGGCUAUACAUUUCCUAGGAUAAAUUUACCAUUUGUACUUGUGUUUUUAAUAGUAUUGGUACUGGAAUGGGUUCAUUUUUUGAUAAAACCUGUUUAUCAUUUUCAACCUUUCCUGACCAGGACAGAGCUUUACCAAAUAUCAGUGGCCCACUACUUCAAUAUAGAUAAAGCUUGUAAUCACCUAGGUUACAAACCAAUGAAGCGCGACAUCAAAGACAUUGUGCAAUAUUAUGUCAGACAUGGUCAUCGCCGGAAAGAGUCAAAGUUGUGGAGGUUUAUGGUGAAUGUAUUAAUUGGUGCUGCCUUUGCCUGCAUUAUCAUGUCAUUCCUUCCAAUUGCCAUCUAAAAUUACAAUACAGACCAGGGGUCCAAAGGGGGGAUGAAAGUGGCGCCGAUCGAGGCAACACUAAUCCAGGGGGUCUUGGGAAUGCUCCCGCGAAAUUUUUGUUUUUUAGACGCCGGAAAAUAACCUGUGAGGCCUUUGGACGAUCAAUUACUGUAUUUCCCUUUCUUUUUUCUACUUUGCAAAAGACUGGAAAGAGGAGAAGUUGCCGACAGUUAUAACAAAGAGUAUGGAACUGAAAAAGGUCCAACUCUUGGGGUUUUGUUGAAAUGCAAUUCUACUGCGAAAAGUAAUAUCACGAAAUAGAGAGCGUCAUUUAAAUGAACAUAAAAGGUGUUUGUAUCGAUUGUGUGCAGCAUCUAUAGAAUGCAUGUUUGAUAUUCAAAUUCUAAUAGGCCGCCCCCCCCCCCUUCAUCUCGUGGUAGUAUUUUGUUUUUCGUUUCAUUGCGCGCAUGCAAAAUCAAGGCACUCUCUUGCAAUUCUAUACUCUUUGGUUACAACUAGCAAAAUUCUCAGUCAUUUAUAUUUUCCAUUUACUGUAUUGGGAUCAACCAUUCAACAAAGCUUCUUAAUACUCAAUUACCUCUCAUGUGAGGCUAGGGAGCCCUUUAGGCAGGAAAGAGUGAUCGUUUUAGGCCCUCAAUGCUCUAUAACCAUCUGUAAAGGCUUCCAUUUGGGACCCUCUCAAGCCUCUUGUAACCAAGACUAUGAGGUUUGGAGAAUAGUUUUUAACAUGAUUAAUCCAUAGAACUUGCAAUUACAAGGUAACCUAACCAAUGAACCACAGUGGAAUUACAUCUCAACAGUAUAUUAUGAUAUUCACUCUUGCGCUGCAUUACAACAAAAACUAAAAAAUAAUAAUAAUAAAAUCAUCAGUACUAUAAUAUUAAUCCUGAAUGAUUAAAUAUUAAAUUUGGUUAAAAUAUUAUCUAAAUCUUAGGUUUGGACACCAGUUUCCCAAAUGUGAAAACUCUUGGUCUGUCCGAACUACUCCACAGAUACACAAUGUGAUCUGUUGAUGCUAAUUGCCUUUAAGAACUUGUUUGGUGUAUAAUUUGGGAGUUUAGUCAUUAAUACAGGAUUGGAUAAUCUUUUUCUAAUAUAUUUAAAUUACAAUGUUAGAGUAAACAUAUAUAAGGGUUAUAUUAUUUUAUAAGGAAAGUUAUAUAUUUUCUAAUUUUAAAAUGAAUACUUGGAUGAAUAAUAAAGACCAACUGUUGAUGUAGUACCUUGA